GUCGCAGCUGACAGCGCGGGGUCACCCCUCGAACCGUGGCGCAAUGGUGCGGGCCGGCUGGGGAGCCGAGAGCCUUGGUUUUGAACCCGCCAACUUCUCCAGCGGGCCAGGGCGAGAGCCAGAGCUGCGACGAAUUCAAGUGUUGUAGCUAACCCAGCCAGGACCCCUCCGGUCCGGGCCCCUCCAGCUGGAGCCUUCGGAAACUCCUGCUCCGCCCCCUCCGCGCUGGGACCCCGGGAGGGGCGGGGCCGGUUUUCCUUGGGGAAUCUGAGAACUGCUCGCCCCUGACCCGCUGGGUGGCUAUAAACACGACACCCUGAGGGAGUGCGGUAGGAGAAAGAGCUCCUCUUCCCAGGUUCCAUCUCACGACACGCGCAACCUUCCUCACGCUUGUCUCUCUUUCCUGGUUCCCACCCGCACCAGGUGACGCGCAGAGCUGAAACCAUGGUUCAUCAGGUGCUCUACCGGGCGCUGGUCUCCACCAGGUGGCUGGCGGAUUCGGUCCGGACUGGCAAGCUGGGGCCUGGCCUGCGGGUGCUGGACGCAUCCUGGUACUCGCCGGGCACCCGUGAUGCUCGCAAGGAGUACCAGGAGCGCCAUGUGCCCGGGGCCUCUUUCUUUGAUAUAGAGGAAUGCCGGGACACAGCGUCGCCCUAUGAGAUGAUGCUGCCCAGCGAGGCGAGCUUUGCCAACUACGUGGGCCGCUUGGGCAUAAGCAACCAGACGCACGUGGUGGUGUAUGAUGGUGACAACCUGGGUAGCUUCUAUGCUCCGCGGGUCUGGUGGAUGUUCCGUGUGUUUGGCCACCGCACAGUGUCAGUGCUCAAUGGUGGCUUCCGGAACUGGCUGAAGGAGGGUCACCCAGUGACAUCCGAGCCCUCACAUCCAGAGCAGGCCAUCUUCAAAGCCACACUGGACCGUUCCCUGCUCAAGACCUAUGAGCAGGUGCUGGAGAACCUCGAAUCUAAGAGGUUCCAGCUGGUGGAUGCACGGUCCCAAGGGCGGUACCUGGGCACCGAGCCGGAGCCGGAUGCAGUAGGACUAGGCUCGGGACACAUCCGUGGCUCACUCAACAUGCCGUUCAUGGACUUCCUAACCGAAGAUGGCUUUGAGAAGAGCCCAGAGGAUCUCCGUGCUCUGUUCCGGGACAAGAAGGUGGAGCUCUCACAGCCCCUCAUUGCCACAUGUCGCAAGGGGGUCACUGCCUGCCACAUUGCCCUGGCAGCCUACCUCUGCGGCAAGCCUGAUGUGGCCAUUUAUGAUGGCUCCUGGUCCGAGUGGUUCCGCCGGGCUCCCCCGGAGACCCGUGUGUCCCAGGGGAAGGGUGGGAAGGCUUGAGCUGUGACCUCUCCUCUGCUCACCAUAGCUCCAGCCUGUUCAGUGACCUGGCCAUGACCUGCAGCUGGUUUGUACCUGUUAGAUGAAGGAGAUUGGCAUGUUUUUAGAAUUGCUGUGCGAAGUUUACCCUUUCCCUACCAGCACUGGAAUAAACUUUGCCUUUUCUGA